AGCUGUGUUUAAAGUCCACCUCUGGGGAACACAGAUUGAGCAUUCCAGAUAACCCCUUUCCCAGCCUGCCUGAAACCCGGCCAGCCAGCCGGCUGUGUAGCUGGGCCACCUGGGAUACUGGCUGGGGUUCGAGGCCAGAGCUCAGUACCCACCUGGCAGCAGGAUGAGGCUGGCCACCAGCUUCUUGAUUCUGUGGUUCAGCCUUGGGGGUGGCCUGGCUCAGAGUGACACUGACUCAGAAACAGAGGAGUCCUACUCGGACUGGGGGCUCCGGCAAAUCCGGGGCAGCUUUGAAUCUGUCAACAGCUACUUCGAUUCCUUUCUGGAGCUGCUGGGAGGGAGGAAUGGUGUAUGCCAGUACCGGUGCCGAUACGGAAAGGCACCAAUGCCCAGACCUGGCUACAAGCCUCAGGAGCCCAACGGCUGCAGCUCCUAUUUCCUGGGUCUCAAGGUACCAGAAAGUAUGGACUUGGGCAUCCCAGCAAUGACCAAGUGCUGCAACCAGCUGGAUGUCUGCUAUGACACUUGCGGUGCCAACAAAUAUCGCUGUGAUGCAAAAUUCCGAUGGUGUCUCCACUCCAUCUGCUCUGACCUUAAGCGGAGCCUGGGCUUUGUCUCCAACGUGGAAGUAGCCUGUGACUCCCUGGCUGAUACUGUGUUCAACACUGUAUGGACUCUGGGCUGCCGACCCUUUAUGAAUAGUCAACGGGCAGCCUGCAUCUGUGCAGAAGAGAAGGAAGAGUUAUGAGGAAGAGGUGGUUCCUUCCUGGUUUUGAGUGACACCCAGCUUCAGUCUGAGACGGUAGUGUGGCAGACACGUCUCAUCCUUUCUCAGCCUUCCAAAAGUUUGGAUACCAAAGACAGGAGAAAAGAAGCAACUGUUCAGCUACUGAAAAGUGAGUCUUAUUCUUUGAGGAAAAUUGAAAAAAAAAAAAAAGAUGCGGAGUGAUUCAAAGGCUGCUCUUCACUUUAACACUGGUCUCCCCAACUGAGGACAUAUUGGAAAUCCAGGUCUUAGCUUAAAGACUAUAAUACAAGCAAAGUCUGUGGUUCCUGGAUCUGAUCAUUAUAUUCGUAAGUGAAAUUUUGGGGAGCCCAACCAUUUGGGAGGCGAUGACUUUCCUCUGGCCCAUGUUUCACUUGCCAGUGAGCGUCUCACAUUUAAUAAAGUGUAGUUUUUAGAAAAUGUGAAAAGAGAUGAAUGAAUUCCAUGAUCAUCAGCAUGCUUGUUUCAUGUAGAAGAGAACAGAACCCCACCUGGUAAGUGUCGCCAAUGACAACGAUCAUUCCCACUGAUGCCAGAGAGAGAAAAACGGGGGGAGGGGGGGACGGGGUCAGAGGCUUACCUGAUUAAGCCAACAGAGGUGAAGGUAGAUGGAAUUAGGUCUCUGAGGUUGCAUCUUUCCCUCUGGGACCUACCUGGUUAGUAUUCCCAGGUACUAAGUGGCGUUAAAGUCAUGCUAAGAUCUGAGACAUACUUGGGAAGGGCUAUGGACAGAGACAGCCAGGAAAAGUCCCUGCAGCCAGAGCAGAGAGACAAGUGGGCAUUCCCUAGGUUGCAGUUCUCAGCCCUGACUGUGGAUUAGACUCAUCUGAGGCCUGCUUAAAACAAAGUAAUGGAGAAUCUCUGGGGCGGUGCUUACCUACUGGUAGUUUAUAAACGCUCCUCAGGUGCUUCUGAUGCACAGAGG